UCUAGCCGCCGACACUCGACUGCUCCGCGGCGGAGGAGGGCGACAGCGGCGGAGGGGAAGAGCCGCGGGAGGUGAGUCAGACCCCUUGGGUGAUCCGUCGGAGAAGACCCUCUUGCCGGAUUUUGUUUCUCCGCUCGAUUUUUUCGGUCAUUUAGAUACUACGCAGCAUGGCAGUCGAAGGCCUAGAUGUGGGGAAGGACCCGAACAGUCCAACCCAUUCCAGGACUCUGUUCGUCCAAGAAGACGGCAGCUCCAUCUCCUUCUACGUGCGCCCCGGACCCACGAAGCGCCGGCUUUCCACCCUCAUCCUUCACGGAGGGGGGACCCUGUGCCGCGUGCAGGAACCCGGGGCCGUAGCUCUGGCCCAGCCCGGGGAACCCAUGGCGGAAGCCUCCGGGGACUUCAUCUCCACCCAGUAUAUCACCGACUGCGUGGAGAAGAACGAGAGGCUGGACUUGGAGAAGUACAGGUUGGGUAAGGCGGCUGCCGGCAAAGUUGCCAAAGCGCCGGAAAAUCCCAGAGCUGGGCAGGGCAUCCAGGCUAGCGGUUCCCCGGAGCCCGGAUCCGCCCGUCCGGGUCCCCUCGGCGGGCGCGUCCCCUUCACCGACUCGGAGGACGCGGCCAUCCUGACCUACGUGAGGGAGAACGCCAGAUCUCCCGGUUCGGUCACCGGCACCACCAUUUGGAAAGCGAUGGAGAAGGUGGCUUUGACCCAGCGUUCCUGGCAAUCCAUGAAGGACCGGUACUUGAAGCAUCUGAAGGGCCAAGAGCACAAGUACCUCCUAGGGGACGGCCCUGCCGCUCCCGCGAACGGGAAGCUCAAGAGAAGAGCCGAGGACGCGGCGGCUCCGGACGGUGGUGAGGACCAGCUGGAAAGAGCCGAGCCGCCGAAGAAGAAGGCUCCCGCGGGACCCCCGCAGAAGGAGGUUCCAGAGCCCCCAGCCCAAGGCAGCGGCCCAGCGGAGGGGAGUAUUUUCCAAGAGGCCAACCGGGAGUUUGAGGAAACCGAGGUUGAUGAUUCCACCCCUGACCUCGAUGAGAGCGUGAUAAAGGGUGGCGCCGAUGCCAACGCCAGCUCUGAAAAGCCGGUCCCGGAGAAGGCCGGGGCCCCGGAGGAGGACACCUCCAGCACCACCACGGUAGUGGUGGAAAGCCAGCUUCAAGCCGAAGAGGGGCCUUCAAGCCCUUCCCUGAGUCCACCCGAGGUGGGAGCCGCCAUCCGAGCCAUCCAGCAUCUAAUGGAGGAAUUCAACUUGGACCUGUCAACGGUCACGCAGGCCUUCCUGAAGAACAGCGGAGAACUGGCCUCCACCUGCCACUUCCUGCGGACCGGCCGGCGGGCUGACGGUUACCCGAUCUGGAGCCGGCAGGAUGACCUGGAUUUACAGGGCCAAGACGAGGAUGACCGGAACAGGCUGAUCCAAAAAUUCGGGGCUCAGAACGUAGCCAGGAGGAUUGAGUUCAGAAACAGCUGAGAGCAAGAAAUUCCCUCAAACCGUCACGGGGGGUGAUGGGGAAAGAUUGGGGUUGGGCGGAGUGGCCCCCGAGGGGAGUACGAGACCGAUAUCACGGGCUGGCGGGAGGUGGCUAAGUGGGGCUUCAGGAAGCUACUGUAGACCUGGUCCUCUGUGGACCAGGUCCGGAUUCAACUGACCCCUGGGCCAGUCCUGGUUCCAGGUGACCAGCUUGGGUCCCCUCUUGCACACACACCCCCCGCUUCAGCAUCCCAUGCCCUACUCCACUCUAUCCCAUUUCCACGUAGAACUAGAUUGAAGCAGGGCAUGACAGAUGUGCGGUGCUUUCCGGCAGAAGCAGCCGCCCAAACCGGCUGCAGAGGAACCCCCCCUCCCCACCCCGAGACAAUAGAACCACACAUGUGUUAGAACUGUGCACGUGUCAAUACUUUGCAAAGGAGGAACCAGCACUCAAGGAGGGCGCGCCUCAGCCUCCGUUCUGGUCCCCGCCGAACCUGGGCCUAACUUUGUUCCCCGGACCCGGCUCGGACUUUCGGGCGGGGAGGGGGGUGGCUGGGAAUGGUGGGAUCCAGACCCGGGGUCAGCGUGGGUUGUACUGUGUAAAUGGAGCCGGUAUAGGACCGGCUGCAGGGCCCGGAUCACCGGAGGUUGGCCUGUGAAGUUUCCAGUUUGGUCAGGCUCUGACAGCUGCCCAUUCCAAGGGUGUGAACCUCUCCCCUUUCCUCUCUCCCACCGGGAAACUCCCUUUACCAACAGAGCAUUAGGGAUUCAGAACGGCCACAGGAACGUAUAGGUGUGGGGGCCCGCACCCAACAGAUCCAGCGCUUUGCACAUAGUAAGCACUUAAUACCAUCAUUAUUAUCUUGACCUUGGCCAUCUCUCACCGUCACUGCUGAGGUACCUGCAGUUCAUCACCAUCAAGCAGGUUGGAGUGAACUGAAGAAGACUGCCAUAAAACCAAGUGGAAAAGACCCCCCACCCACCCACCGAACAAUUUACAACUUCACCCCAUUAAUGAGAGGAAAGGCCAAAAGACAGGAAAGCAGUGCUAAUUAAAUGGUUCCUUCUGCUGCUCUGGGCAUGUAGGGAUAGCCAGGCGUCCCUUAGGACUGCUAAAAUCUUCAUUUUGGAAAACUAGGGAAAGGCCAAGGAGAUGCACCCCCUCCUUCCCCAACAGUGAGGGCGGAGUGGACAGGAAUAAAGACCCUCCUCAUCCCCAAGUAGCAACAGGGCCGAAAACCAGGGAGGGACCGGGAAAUUCCAGGGGAUGGGAGCACCAUAACGAACCUGUCGGAGAGGCGGGUCCCGUGGAAGCUGACAUCAGAUCCAACCACCAGCCAAGACGUGUCUUGUCAAUUCAUCAGGUGUCGAGCCAAGCUGAAUCCCAGCCUCGUAAUACUUGGUAACAUCGUCUCCCUGCCCGUCUUGGCCUGGGACAGACGGCAGGAGGGAGGUGGAGGUGCCUGAGUCCCACAGACCUGCUGCUUUUCUUCCUAAGGACCCCAAACCCCUCAUCUCCCAACUGCUCCUCUGUAACGGACACUUAGUAUUAAAUGUUAUCUUGUAGAUAUAA